AUGAGCGUGAUCAGUCCCAUAGAAACCCUACACUUGAAGUCAACACUUCGUCUUCUACCUCGAUGUCUCUCUCGCAGUCAACGGAUUCAAGUUUUCCCGCCCAACAACAUCUUCUCGAACUCUUCUUUGAGUUCUCCGAUACGAAUCGACCCGAUUUCUCAAGGUGUCGGAUCUAGGAUUUUGUGGCGUAGAUAUGUAUCUGAUAAGUUAUCUGACAUGGGUUUGGAUCCUGGAGCUGAUUCAAACAAGAUGUACAAUGAGAAGGCUUCUAUAGUGGAAACAUUGAAGAAAGCAAACUCAAUUCUUCCUCAUGUAGUGUUGGCGAGUACAGUCUUAGCUCUUCUCUAUCCACCUUCUUUCACAUGGUUUACGUCGAGGUACUUUGUGCCCGCUUUAGGGUUCUUGAUGUUUGCGGUUGGAAUCAAUUCAAAUGAGAAAGACUUUCUCGAAGCCUUUAAAAGACCAAAAGCUAUUCUCCUUGGUUAUGCCGGACAAUAUCUCAUAAAGCCUAUCCUAGGUUUCAUCUUUGGCUUAGCUGCGGUUUCUCUUUUCCAACUCCCAACUCCAAUAGGUGCUGGAAUCAUGUUGGUUUCAUGUGUCAGUGGAGCUCAGUUAUCAAACUACGCGACUUUCUUAACGGAUCCAUCAUUAGCACCUCUUAGCAUUGUUAUGACAUCUCUAUCAACUGCUACUGCGGUUCUUGUCACACCGAUGCUUUCACUCUUGCUCAUCGGAAAGAAACUACCUGUUGAUGUUAAAGGAAUGAUCUCCAGCAUUCUUCAGGUCGUAAUCGCCCCAAUCGCUGCAGGAUUGCUGCUAAACAAGUUGUUCCCAAAACUAUCAAAUGCAAUCCGACCAUUUCUCCCAAUUCUAUCGGUUCUCGACACAGCUUGCUGCGUUGGAGCACCACUCGCAUUGAACAUAAGCUCUGUUAUGUCUCCAUUUGGAGCGACCAUUUUGUUACUAGUGACAAUGUUUCAUCUCUCAGCUUUCCUUGCUGGAUACUUCGUUACCGGUUCUGUCUUUAGAAACGCUCCAGACGCUAAAGCUUUGCAAAGAACAUUGUCCUAUGAAACUGGAAUGCAGAGUAGCCUUUUGGCUCUAGCACUUGCCACUAGGUUCUUUGAAGAUCCUCUUGUAGGGAUUCCUCCUGCAGUUUCUACGGUGGUAAUGUCAUUGAUGGGGUUCUCGCUUGUUAUGAUCUGCUUAAUCCAUGACCCGAUUGCGAUUUCGGGUCUCAUCGGAACCGGUUUAGUGGCUGCCGGGUUCGUCGCGGCGGGACCAGAUACUACUGCUAUGGCGGCGGUGGAUUUUCCGGUGAUGGGUUCUCUUCAGCUAAGCGAACCUGCUAAUGCUUUGUCUUUGCCCACUUGGGCUGUUCAUGUUUCCAGCGUUGUCGAAUGGAUUACGGCGAUGGCAUUGGUAUGGAAAUAUGGAGAAAGAAAAGGUUAUGAAUCUUGGAAAGGUCUCUCAUGGGGAAUGGUACCUUUACUUGGUGGAGCUCUCUGUGCAUGCACAUGGCAUUUCUUUUACAAUGAUGAAUCUCUUGAGGUGUUGGUGGCGCUUCAGGCAGCACUAACUGUGAUUGGUAAUAUUACUAUGUGCAUCGCGGCCUUUCGAAUCAACAAAUUGUCAUCGAAAAUGAAAGUCUCUGAAAAGCCGUGA